AGAGGAGGCAGAACGAAGGCCUCCUCGCUCACCACGACAAGCUCCAGAAGAUGUUGGACGUCAAUAAGAGAUCGCGGGAUAUCUCAAACGCCAGAAGGUCGAAACGUCAGAAAAGAGAGGUGGAGGAGGAGGAAGACGACGUCAACCUCCUGCUCCAGGGCAUGGCCAAAUCACACUUGGAUCGCCAUCUCGAGCUAGACCUCGACGUAGACCCCAUAACGCUGGACAGGAGACUGUCCAUGCUAAACGACGACCAAAGCCGUGUGUACAAAAAAAUCACUGGGCAUUUGUUGCACGAAUUAGACCAUGAAAAAGGAGACUGUAAAUGCACAGACAUCAAACCAUUGCAAAUGUUUGUUAGUGGUGUGGGGGGAACGGGCAAGUCCUUCCUCAUUCAGGCGCUUAGAGCGUUUGUCAAAGCCACGUGGCCGGAUUUACCCAAUUCAAGUGCAGUAGCCGCCCCCACGGGCCUAGCAGCUUGUAAUGUAAACGGUGUUACCACCUACCAGCUCUUUCAGUUGCCGAUAGAGCACGACAGUAAAACUGCAUCAUACUGGGAACUGCCCAAACAAACGCUAAAAUACCUCAGGCAACAACUAAUGAACGUAAAGGUGUUCAUAAUUGACGAGGUGUCCAUGGUGUCAAGUCUCAAUCUAACGUACAUACAUUUGAGACUUGACGAGAUCUACGGGGGGGCCGAAUGGUUUGGGGGUAAAACAAUGCUCUUUGUGGGCGACAUCCUCCAGCUACCACCCGUUAACGGUGCACCGAUGUUCCAAAGCGUUCCCACUAAAGUGCUAUCGCUCAGAAUAGGUUGCAUAGGGUCCGCAAACAUUUGGAAAAGCACAGUAGUGUACGACGAGCUUACCAUUAACGAAAGACAAAAAGGGGACAAAUUGUACACUGAAAUACUCGACGGCGUCAGGAGGGGAUUUCCUAGCGAACAGGCAGUCUCUCUCCUGACAGAACGCGUCUUCAAUGUGCCCGUACUAGAAAAGUACGAGCAACUGAAACGCGAGGGUAAAAAACCCAUAUGCCUUUUCUCGACUAGAAAAGCGUGUGCAACAGUUAACUCUGAUCUUUUAAACACUCUAGACAGUAAGAUAAUACCACUGCGUUGUAGAGACGUCAUCGACGAGGGUGCCUGCGCCAACGGAGAGUGGAACAAACAGGCCGAAAAGCGUCUGACAGAAAUGAACAAAGACAGCAGCUUGACGGCUGGUCUGGAAGAAGUGCUCCACCUGGCCGUUAAUGCCCGCGUCAUGUUGAGACGAAACCUAUCCACCGAAGACGGUCUAGUAAACGGAGCCGUAGGCACCGUUCUUGAAAUAGAAUCUAAACACGUGACUGUUAAGUUCGACCGUGUGGCAGAACCGUACAAAGUGACCAGAGUUGCUAACCGGUUCUGUGUCCUGAAAAAAUUCUACAUUUCCAGGAACCAGUUCCCUCUAAUAGUCGCUUAUGCCGUCACCAUACACAAGAGCCAAGGUCUCUCGCUCGACUGUGCCAUCAUCGACCUAUCUGACAGCGUGUUUGGUGAGGGCAUGGCGUACGUGGCGUUGUCCAGAGUCAGGUCCAUAGACGGUGUACACCUGACGUCCUUUACACCCGACUCCAUCAUGGCCUCUAGAACGUGUGUGGAGGAGUGUAACAGGCUCAGGCUAGCAUUCAGGCCAGACUUGGCAGCGUACGAAUUGCCCGUUAAACAAAACAGAAAAAGGAAAAUGACAGCUGCGAUUGUCCCGCCAGCCAAACGGCAGUGUACGGUUGAAGGGAGUAAUGUCGACAAACCCCCAGUUAAGAAAUGAAAGGAAAGGACGCCUGCAGUCUUCCCGCCAGCCAAACGGCAAUGUAACCUUGAAAGGAAAGUCCCCAGCAAUGUUAACAAACCCCCAGUUAAGAAACUAAACGAGGCAGUCACCUCUGCUGGUGAUUGCCAUAUAGUUGAAGACCCAGAGAAUCGUGGUAGCAAUCACGGUGAAUCGUUCUGCUUCAACCCUCUGGACGAGGUUGAACAGAAAUCGGCGUGUUUGCUGCUGAAAAUUAAUCACCACAGAAAUAUCGUCACCGCCGGCGGACCAAACAUUGCCCUGACUCGGCCCCAUUUACCCUCGCUCG